GUGCUUUCAUUUCGCUUCACCCAUCGUCUGACGCGUUCUUUCACCAUGGUAGCCUUCGUUCAACAGCCAGCUCCUUCUUUCACUGCCACGACUGUGAUUGAAGGUCAGUUCAAGGAUGUUUCAUUGUCGGACUUCUUGGGACAGUGGGUUGUUCUUUUCUUUUACCCUCUUGACUUUACCUUCGUUUGCCCCACCGAAAUAUUGGCUUUCAAUGAUGCGCUGGCUCAGUUUAAAGAGAUAGGAACGGUGGUACUCGGCGUCUCGACCGACUCGCAUUUCUCACAUCUCGCAUGGUCGCAACAGCCACGCAAGCAGGGUGGUCUCGGACCCGACCUUAAGCUUCCUCUCGUUGCUGACAAGAGCAUGAGCAUCUCCCGGGACUAUGGUGUCCUGAUCGAGAAGGAGGGCAUCGCGUUGCGUGGGCUAUUCGUCAUCGACCCCAAGGGUAUCGUGAGACAGAUGACAGUGAACGACUUGCCUGUUGGUCGCUCAGUAGAGGAGACUAUCAGGCUCGUGAAGGCUUUCCAGUUUACGGAUGCUCACGGUGAGGUGUGCCCGUUGGGCUGGACGGAAGGCUCGAAGACCAUCAAGCCCAACCCUCAAGGUUCCCUCGAGUAUUUUGCCACUGUUGGUGAACCUGAGAGCAAUGGCCACACCAAUGGUACGAACGGAUCAGCGAAGAAGCGUGCUCGCGUGGAUUAGGAAUUAGAUGUUAGAGGGGUGUAGAGAAUCUCAUUAAGUUGAGCCCAUAGACGACUCAAUACUAGAGUCACGAAACAUCAUUCCUGGAUGCUGAACUGGCAGUAACGUUUUGCAUCUCAACCCC